GUGUUGUUGCCUACAGGAGCCACUGCUUGUGUUGAAUUGAAGAGAUUUGAAGAAGCAAUCACUUGGUGUGAUAAGGGACUAGCUGUAUCCUUUGAAGGAAUCUUUCGUUUUUCACCGUGGGUAUAAUGGAAAAAAGUUUCCAUAAUUUGAUGUUUCAAGGGAGAAAAUACAAAGAAGGGUAUUAAUUAUGAUGGGAACUUGUCAGCUCAUAUACUUUAAGUGUGUGUGUGAUUAAAAACAUAGGAGAAGUUAUUACCUCAUGGCUUAUUAAUGAAAUUACUCCUUUUAGCCAAUUUGACUUAGUUCUUCUAUCCAUGCCAAUAACUGGUACAUUAGUUUAAAUAACCCUUUAAUUUCCCAGACCAAAUUUGUAAUUAUCCUUACUGUCAACCAUACAAUUCUUAUAAUGUUAGUACAGAGAAUUCAGUAUUGCAUCAGCUAACUAUUUUUAAAUUGAUAUAUCUUUUUUACUCUCAACACUUAUCUGAUUGAUAUUGUAUUGCUAUUGUGAGGAGAAAUUCUCUUUUGGUCACUCACGGGAGUUAAAGGGUUAGAAGACUAAAUUUUAUCCAGUUUAUACAUCUUACUUGGGUAGAUGAUCUCUCUAAAAUAAGCCAAAACAAAAAGCUCGGUAAUGUUUACAUAUCUUAUGCAGAUUUUCUUGCCUUCGACCUUUUGCCACUACUUAGAGUCUCGGAAACUUUCGUUGUGCUUUCCUAUGGACAAAUAAAAAUUUUAAAGACAUGUAUUUGUGUUAUAGACUCAUUUCUUCCACUGCUGUAAAACAUUUGUCAGAUAUUAAAGCUAUAUUAAUUUAAAAAUUGAGCAAGUGCUGCUCAGUUUUUGGAAACUAGGGAUUAAAUCUAGAUAUUGCGCGUUAAAUUUUGAGGCUGCACACAGAAAAAAAACAUUUUUUGAAGUGUAGAUUUACUUCAUAACUGACUUUAAGACUGAAUGUUGAUAAAUCCUCUACCUUUCAUGCAAAGCCCUCCUAAUGGGCCAUUUUAUAGUUGUGUACUUAGUUGCCACGUCUUUGAUUUGGAGUGAGGCUGAAGGUGACCUUGUUGUGAUAGAGACCAGUAUCUAGAAACGAUAAUAACAAAGUAGUUUGCAUUUAAAAGGCAGCAAUGUUUUUAUCAUAACAAGAUCACCCUUAAUCAUCGCUCUUGUUCAGAGGUUUGGGAACCAAGCACGCAAAUGUUAAAAUGGACUAUUACAUAUCAAUAUGUUCAGAAACAUAAUCUUUUUUGUUUUUUCCACAUUUGUAACCCUUAACAUAAAAAAAGAUUGACAAAAACAAUAGGAUCUUCUUGUCAUUGAGACUUCAGUCUGUCAGUGAAGUGAGAGACAAAUCCAUGGAGGAAAAAGAUCGUAUUACUCAUGACCACGGUAGUGCAAGUUCAGAUGAUGUCAAGAAAGUCAUAGAUCUCUAUAAUCGGGGAGAAAAAGCCAUAGAGUACCAGAACCUACAUCUAAAAAAAGCUAAAGAAGUAGGAGACAAGCAUGGAGAUGGUGAGGCUUAUGGCAAUCUUGGCAAUGCUUAUCACCGUCUGGGCGAUUUCAAAAAUGCCAUAGAGUACCACGACCUACAUCUUAAAAUAGCUAAAGAAGUAGGAGACAAGCAUGGGGAGGGUGUUGCUUAUGGCAAUCUUGGCAAUGCUUAUGACCGUCUGGGUGAUUUCAAAAUAGCCAUAGAGUACCACAACCUAGAUCUUAAAAUAGCUAAGGAAGUAGGAGACAAGCAUGGGGAGGGUAACGCUUAUGGCAAUCUUGGCAAUGCUCAUUUAAGUCUGGGCGAUUUCAAAAAAGCCAUAGAGUACCACAACCUACAUCUUAAAAUAGCUAAAGAAGUAGGAGACAAGCAUGGGGAGGGUGUUGCUUAUGGCAAUCUUGGCAAUGCUUAUGACCGUCUGGUUGAUUUCAAAAAAGCCAUAGAGUACCACAACCUACAUCUUAAAAUAGCUAAAGAAGUAGGAGACAAGCAUGGGGAGGGUAACGCUUAUGGCAAUCUUGGCAAUCCUUAUUUUAGUCUGGGUGAUUUCAAAAAAGCCAUAGAGUACUACAACCUACAUCUUAAAAUAGCUAAAGAAGUAGGAGACAAGCAUGGGGAGGGUAACGCUUAUGGCAAUCUUGGCAAUGCUUAUCACCGUCUGGGUGAUUUAAAAAAAGCCAUAGAGUACCAAAACCUACAUCUUAAAAUAGCUAAAGAAGUAGGAGACAAGCAUGGGGAGGGUGGUGCUUAUGGCAAUCAUGGCAGUGCUUAUCACCUUCUGGGUGAUUUCAAAAAAGCCAUAAAGUACCACAACCUACAUCUUAAAAUAGCUAAAGAAGUAGGAGACAAGCAUGGGGAGGGUAACGCUUAUGGCAAUCUUGGCAAUGCUUAUUUUAGUCUGGGUGAUUUAAAAAAAGCCAUAGAGUACUACAACCUACAUCUUAAAAUAGCUAAAGAAGUAGGAGACAAGCAUGGGGAGGGUAACGUUUAUGGCAAUCUUGGCAAUGCUUAUCACCGUCUGGGUGAUUUCAAAAAAGCCAUAGAGUACCUGAACCUACAUCUUAAAAUAGCUAAAGAAUUAGGAGACAAGCAUGGGGAGGGUAACGCUUAUGGCAAUCUUGGCAAUGUUUAUGGCCGUGUGGAUGAUUUCAAAAAAGCCCUAGAGUACCACAACCUACAUCUUAAAAUAGCUAAAAAAGUAGGAGACAAGCAUGAGGAGGGUGGUGCUUAUGGCAAUCUUGGAAAUGCUUAUGACAAUCUGGGUGAUUUCAAAAAAGCCCUAGAGUACCACAACCUAUAUCUUAAAAUAGCUAAAGAAGUAGGAGACAAGCAUGGGGAGGGUAACGCUUAUGGCAAUCUUGGCAAUGCUUAUGACGGUCUGGGUGAUUUCAAAAAAGCCAUAGAGUACCACAACCUACAUCUUAAAAUAGCUAAAGAAGUAGGAGACAAGUAUGGGGAGGGUGUUGCUUAUGGCAAUCUUGGCAAUGCUUUUGACCGUCUGGGUGAUUUCAAAAAAGCCUUAGAGUACCACAACCUACAUCUUAAAAUAGCUAAAGAAGUAGGAGACAAGCAUGGGGAGGGUGUUGCGUAUGGCAAUCUUGGCAAAGCUUACUUUAGUCUGGGUGAUUUCAAAAAAGCCUUAGAGUACCACAACCUACAUCUUAAAAUAGCUAAAGAAGUAGGAGACAAGCAUGGGGAGGGUGCUGCUUAUGGCAAUCUUGGCAAUGCUUAUCUUAGUCUGGGUGAUUUCGAAAAAGCCAUAGAGUACCACAACCUAAUUCUUAAAAUAGCUAAAGAAGUAGGAGACAAGCAUGGGGAGGGUAGUGCUUAUGGCAAUCUUGGCAAUGCUUAUUUUAGUCUGGGUGAUUUCAAAAAAGCCAUAGAGUACCACAACUUAGAUCUUAAAAUAGCUAAAGAAGUAGGAGACAAAUUAGGAUGGGUUUUUGAGUGGCAAGGUGGACUGCCAAAAGCCGUUGAACAUUACCAAGCUAGCAUAAACUUAUUAAAUUCCUUGAGAGUACUUCUAAUAUCUAAAGAUGAGUGGAAAGUUAAUUUUCGAAAUCAGCAUCAAGUGGCGUAUACGGGUUUGUGGAGAGUUCUCGUAGAACAAGGUAAUGUAGAUGAGGCCUUAUUUGAUGCUGAGAAAGGACGAGCUCAAGCUCUGACCGACCUCAUGGAAUCCAGUUUUUGUGGUGGAACAAGUCACCACAAGGGAGAAGAUGAAGAUUGCGCAGUUUUAAAAAACGUUCCAUCAAACACUGUCUUUCAGGCAGUGGACCAUGUCUUUCAGGCAGUCUAUCUUUGGGUUGUGUCCGAAGGAAAACAAGUUCAGUUAAGACAAAGUAAACUCAAAGGUUUUGUUUCAGAGAAUAGUGGAUCUAGCCUGUCCUUUGAGGUGUUCAUGCUCGGUGUCUAUACACAACUUGGUGUUCGUUCUAAUGUGAGAUGCGAGAAUCGAUCUUUAGAUGCUUUGAGGGAGGGCUGUUCAAAAGUGGAUGAGAAAACCAAAGAAGCCAAGCCUCAACCUCACAUCCAACAAGACGGAUGCUUGAGCACUUUGUAUGAUAUCGUUAUGAAGCCGGUGGCUGACUUGAGUGAAGGGGAUGAGCUACUCAUUAUUCCUGAUGGACCCCUGUGGAUCGCUCCUUACGCUGCAUUGAAGGAUGGUUAUUCUAAAUACCUGUGUGAAUCGUUCACAAUCCGAGUCGCUCCAUCGUUAGCAAGUCUUAGACUCAUUGGCGAUUGCCCAGAUGAUUAUCACAAAAGCAGUGGUGCGUUACUUGUAGGAGAUCCGUGGUUAUCCGAGGUUACUAACAGCGAGGGAAAGAAAGUCUUCGAGCAGCUUGAGUAUGCUAAAAAAGAAGUAGAAAUGAUCGGAAAAAUUCUGAAUAUCACGCCAAUCACUGGCAGUCAGGCCACGAAACGUGAGGUGUUGAAAAGACUCAGUUCCGUUUCCCUAGUUCACUUUGCGGCACACGGAUGUAUGGAAACUGGUGAAAUUGCUCUUACACCUGACCCAGUCCGAAUAUCUACUGUGCCAACUGAGGAGGAUUACAUUUUAACAAUUGGAGAUGUGUUGAAUGCACAACUUCGGGCCAAACUUGUUGUGCUUAGUUGCUGCCACAGCGGCCGGGGCGAGAUCAAGGCUGAAGGUGUGGUUGGCAUUGCGCGCGCUUUUAUGGGGGCUGGUGCUCGGUCUAUUGUGGUGUCCCUGUGGGCGAUUGAUGACGAGGCUACUCUUGAGUUCAUGAAAUACUUUUAUCAACAACUUGCAGGAGGUAAACCAGCAAGCGAGUCACUGAACCUGGCCAUGAAAAGCCUCAGAGAAUCAGACAAGUUCUGCGACAUCAAACACUGGGCGCCCUUUUUGCUGAUUGGAGAUGACGUCACUCUUGACUUCAAGGCAAAGGAAAGAGAAAAUUUGAAUAUGAAAUCACAUAAAUGA